AUGCCUCGCGUUGAAGUUGAUACUCCCAUCACUGGUCAUCGUACCGCUGCUAUCCGUAACUACAGCACAAAGCCACGUCUUGUGUACAAGACUGUUACUGGUGUAAACGGACCUUUGGUUAUUCUCAACGACGUCAAGUUCCCUCAAUUCAGUGAGAUCGUCAACAUCACUCUUCCCGAUGGUACCAAGCGCUCAGGACAAGUUCUCGAAAUCACCCGCAACAAGGCUGUCGUACAGGUCUUCGAAGGAACCUCUGGUAUCGAUGCCAAGAACACUAUUUGCGAGUUCACAGGAGAUAUCCUUCGCUCCCCCGUAUCUGAAGACAUGUUAGGACGUAUCUUCAACGGAUCCGGAAAGCCAAUUGACAAGGGACCCCCAAUUCUCGCUGAAGACUUCUUGGACAUUGAUGGACAACCAAUCAACCCAUGGGCUCGUAUCUACCCAGAGGAAAUGAUCCAAACCGGAAUCUCUUCAAUUGAUGUCAUGAACUCUAUUGCUCGUGGACAGAAGAUCCCUAUCUUCUCUGCUGCUGGUCUUCCCCACAAUGAAAUUGCUGCCCAGAUUGUACGUCAAGGAGGUUUGGUACAAUUGCCUGACAGAAAGAACGAGGUCACCAACUUCGCUAUCGUCUUCGCUGCUAUGGGAGUUAACAUGGAAACAGCUCGUUUCUUCCAGCAAGAUUUCCAGGAGAACGGAUCCAUGGAAAAUGUGUGUCUCUUCUUGAACUUGGCUAACGAUCCUACCAUCGAACGUAUUAUUACUCCACGUCUCGCUCUUACUGCUGCCGAAUUCUUCGCUUACCAAUGCAACAAGCACGUACUUGUCGUUCUCACUGACAUGUCCUCAUACGCUGAAGCUCUUCGUGAGGUAUCUGCUGCUCGUGAAGAAGUACCAGGACGUCGUGGUUUCCCCGGAUACAUGUACACUGAUUUGGCUACUCUCUACGAACGUGCUGGUCGUGUCGAAGGACGUGAAGGAUCCAUCACUCAGAUUCCAAUUCUUACUAUGCCUAAUGACGAUAUUACUCACCCUAUUCCUGAUCUUACUGGUUACAUUACUGAGGGCCAGAUCUACGUUGAUCGUCAACUCCACAACAGACAAAUCUACCCACCAAUCAACGUGCUCCCAUCUCUUAGUCGUCUCAUGAAAUCUGCUAUUGGAGAAGGAAUGACCAGAGAAGACCACUCAGAUGUUUCCAAUCAGCUCUACGCUUGUUAUGCUAUUGGAAAGGACGUGCAAGCUAUGAAGGCUGUCGUCGGAGAAGAAGCUCUCUCAUCAGAUGAUCUCCUCUAUUUGGAAUUCUUGAUCAAAUUCGAGAAGAACUUUAUCACACAAGGAAGCUACGAAAACAGAACUAUCUUCGACUCUCUCGACAUCGGAUGGCAAUUGCUCAGAAUCUUCCCACGUGAAAUGUUGAAGCGUAUUCCUGCUUCAACUUUGGACAAGUACUACCCAAGAGGAGCCGCUACAAAAGCUUCCGCCGACAAUUAA